AUGGGUUACUCAUUGAUGGCGAAACAGAAGAGGCUAACUCAGAAGCCUGUUGUGGAGAGGCCGGACAUCGCAGUCAGCAUCGUUGGCUUCUUCAUGCUCUAUGGAGUCAUCCGAUUCUGGAUCAUGUGGGCCAGUGCUUUUCAUGGCCUGAACCUGCUGCAGAAGUACGACUCUCGUGCUCCCGACUACUGGCAGAAGCAGAAGAGACCUCUUGGUUCCCUGGACUUCAAUGCGGUCUGGCAUGCAGUCAUUGUUCCCAACUACAAGGAACCGCUCGUGAAGCUCAGGCAGACGCUGGACACUAUUGCCUAUCAGUCCAUCGCCAAGCAGAUUGUGGUCUGCAUGGCCAUGGAGGCCCGAGACCCCAAGGCAAAGGAGACGGCUGAAAUCCUCCAGCAGGAGUACGCCCAUAAGCUGGGAGGUCUUUGCUAUGCCAUCCAUGAAGUCAAGGAAGGAGAAGUCGCCGGCAAGUCGUCCAACGAGAACUGGGCGGCACGAUGCGUCAAGAAGCUGAUGGUGGACAGGAUGCGUAUCAACCCCGACUACAUCGUGAUCACAACGUGCGAUGCUGAUACGUUCUUCCAUCCGAAUCAGUUUGCCUGCCUCACUCAUCACUUCAUCUGUGACGGGGACAAUCGUUAUCAUCGGUUCUACAUCCCAGUGACCAACUUCAUGCCAAAUGUCUGUCACGUCCCGGGGAUCUGCUCCACGAGGUAUACAGUGCUGAGCAUCGGACGUAUGGCGGAACUCGGCUGUCCCAUCUCAAACCCUUUUCCCCUCGCCAUCUACUCGCUUCCGCUGAGGUUGGCAGAGCGUGCCUGCUACUGGGACCCUUCAGUCAUUCCCGAGGACUGGCACAUGUACUUCCGCUGCGUGUUUGCCGAUCAUGGGAAGGUGGCGUGCACAAGGAUGAUGAUCACAGUCGGGACGGAGGCAGUAGAGGGGAAGGGCUACCUCGACACGGUCAAGGAAUGCUACGACCAGUCGGUCAGGUGGCAAUGGGGAGCCGUCGACUUCGGCUACCUUCUGGUCCAGAGCGUGUGUAAUUGGAAGGUGCCGCUAGCCAAGAGGAUCUCGCUGCUCUUCACGGCCUACGACCAUCAUCUGCUGGUGGUUGUGAUGUGCGUGGCGCUGAUCACAGCUCCCUUCCUCUACGGAAAGAUCCCUGUUCUGUUCAACCUCGACUUCAUCACCGGGCAGCAGGACCUUGUCGCCCUCAAGGAUGUCAUGAUCUGGACUUGGGUGGUGCACUGUAUCUUCCACUACAUCUUCAUGUGCUUUUCCGACUACUCUCUCCGCACUUCAGUCCUCAAGGAUCGGCUCUACUUCGACGUUUCGCCCAAUCACAUGGGAGUUUUCUCGAGAGCUCUGCAGCUGCUCUUGUUCCCUUUCGCUGAUUUCUUCUUGUUUGUGGUCCCCACCAUCCACGCGCACACCAAGUUGUUCAUCUCUUCCAGCUUUAACUAUGUCCCUUCCGCCAAGAUGGGAUGCAGACUAACAGGAGGAUCGAAAGCAGAUGACAAAGUUUGA